AUGGGGAAUACGGAAAGCAAUGUGACUAGUGGUGUCAAAAAGCAGGCGGGAGUCUCCACACAAGCGCUCUACAAAUUUGUCAACCUCAAGGGCGGUGGUCUUCUGGUGGACAUGAUGAAACGUGCCUGUCAAACCAAACAAUUUGCAGAAAUCGAUCAUGCGAUUAAGACGAAAGUAGAACCAUUUCUGUACAACAAGGGUGCUGGCCGUUACUUUCCCAUUUCGAAAUUGGUGCUGCUACGUAAUCGGGAUCGGCCACGUACCAAGCAAUUGCCCGAAAUACGCGCACUGGAAAAUCCCGAUGAUGAUUUCAAUAUACACGACUAUUGCCCAGAGGUAUCUGAGGCAGAAUACAUAUCCAAUCCGAGUGCUUACCGUUUCGUCUGCUGGGACCUUAAUAUGCGCGGCGCCGUGGGUGAAACGAUUUUGCAUCUCUGUUUGCUAAACGCUUCAUCGCUGCAUGCGGAUCUGGCGAAACGGCUGCUUAAGUUUUACCCCAAACUCAUUUUGGAUAUAUACAUGAGUGACGAAUACUAUGGCGAGAGUGUCCUGCAUAUAGCGAUUGUCAAUGAGGAUCCAGCCAUGGUAAAGUAUCUGCUGGAUGCUGAUGCCGAUGUGCAGGAACGCUGCUGCGGUGCAUUUAUGUCUGCGGAGGAUCAGAAAGCCUCCCGCACAGAUUCUCCGGAUCACGAGUAUGUGGCAAUACAUCCGAUGACGAACUAUGAUGGCUAUGUCUAUUGGGGCGAGUACCCUUUGAGCUUUGCUGCCUGCUUGUCGCAAGAGGAAUGUUUCCGUCUGGUACUGGCACGUGGAGCCGAUCCCGAUUCACAGGACACGAAUGGCAACACGGUGCUGCACAUGCUGGUCAUCUAUGAGAAAAUCGAAAUGUUCGAUGUGGGCUAUGAAGUGGGCUCGAAUAUACAUUUGCGAAACAUGCAGAAUCUGACGCCUUUGACAUUGGCGGCCAAGCUGGGCCGCGUCGAAAUGUUUUUCCACGUGAUGAGUAUAGAACGUGAGAUAUAUUGGCAGCUGGGGAGCAUAACCUGUGCGGCAUAUCCCUUGCUUAUGAUUGACACAAUCAACGAGGAGACGGGCAACAUUAACAAGGACUCGGUGCUCAACUUUGUUGUCUUUGGCGAUAAAUUGGAGCAUUUGGAACUGCUGGACGGUGUGGUCAUUGAUCUGCUCAAGACCAAGUGGGAUACUUUCUGCAAAUCUCGUUUCUACAAGCAGUUCUAUAUGUUUGCCGUCUACUUCUUGUUCUCGUUAGUGAGUUUCAUAUUAAGACCAGGUCCAGAUGUCAGUGAUGAGGAUGAGGACGAUGAUGCCGCAGUUUCAGCAUCCAAUAAUACUGCACGCUCGGAUCUUUAUAAAAAUGUCAGUCACGAGCACACCAAACGAAGCACCGAAAGCACCGAGUACAAAACUUUUUGGCUUAAUUUUACUGAAUACUAUGAUCCCAGCGAGGUCGAAACUUUGCCCGCCUGGUGGGAAAAUUUCGCCGACUGUCCGCUCAUGAAUUUGGAAUCUGACUUGGCCAAGAUGCGCAUCAUGGCCGAGAUUAUAAACUUUGUCGGUGCCAUUCUCUACCUGCUGGUGGCAUUACGUGAGGCCCGUUUUCUGGGCUAUAAAAUGUUUAUUGAAAAUUUGAUGACUGCACCCUCGCGCGUUAUGUUUCUAUUCUCCUGCUGCCUCAUGAUGACGAUUCCCUGGCUACGGGUUUCCUGUCUCACCGAAAUCGAUGAUCAUGUCACUGUCGUAAUUAUGCUAACUACUGCGCCCUACUUCCUCUUCUUUUGUCGCGGUUUCAAGACUGUUGGUCCCUUCGUAGUGAUGAUAUAUCGCAUGGUGAUGGGUGAUUUGCUGCGAUUCGUCUCCAUUUACCUUGUGUUUGUGAUGGGUUUCUCGCAGGCGUUCUACAUCAUUUUUCUCACUUUCGACAACCCUUCAACGCCAGAGGAUCAGGACGCUGAAUCCAAUCCCAUGCCAUCUCCCAUGGAGUCCAUUGUAGCCAUGUUUCUGAUGUCGCUGACCAACUUUGGCGACUACUAUGGCGCUAUGGUGUCAACCCAGCACGAGUAUGAAGCCAAGAUACUCUUCUUUCUGUUCAUGGUCAUUGUCAGUGUAUUGCUGGUGAACAUGUUGAUUGCCAUGAUGGGCAACACAUAUCAGAAGAUUGCCGAGAUCCGUAACGAAUGGCAGCGCCAAUGGGCACGCAUUGUGCUCGUCGUGGAGCGAAGUGUGCCGCCUGCGGAGCGUCUGAAGAACUUCAUGCAAUAUAGUCAACCGAUGUCGGAUGGACGACGGGCCUUGGUAUUACGCCUGAAUAUGACUGAUGAGGAAAAGGAGGAAAUGAAGGAAGUACAGGAGAUGAAGCGCAUACAUCAGCGCUUCUCCAAGAAACGUCAGAUGGAGCGCGAGGCACGCGCCCGUCGCAGACAGGAGGAAUAUGAGAAGUUCUUUGGCACCUCAGCCAAGGUGGACGGUGACAAUAACAAUAUGUGA